AUGGGGUCAGAAAACGGGUUUCAAUUGGAUGAAACAACGCUUUAUAGCAUAUUGGGGUUGAAAUAUGGUGCCACUGAUGUACAAGUACGAAAAGCAUACAUGAAACUUGCUCGACAAUUACAUCCUGAUAAAUCGAAAUCCGAAGAGGCGGGAGAAUUGUUCAAGAAGGUCGCUCAUGCGCACUUCAUACUCACCGAUAAGAAGGAAAAGAUGAAAUACGACAGUAAACUAUUAGCGAAGGGGUUAUAUGACUAUACACCUCGUACGACAACCAAUAGCACACAGUUCUCUGAAACGAAGAAGCCCUUCCAACCGGUGAAUAAAAAUGGAGAUAUUGGAUCAGUGAAACAAAAGACUAGAAAGAGCCGUCCUUACGAAGAGCAACCUUAUGGAUUUGGUGUUGAUUCUAAUCGUGGACCCAGUAAGAACAUACCACUUUUCAAAACAUUCAAUGCUAAGAGUUAUCAAAAUAGCAAGAAGGCAACAACUCCUCCUAGAGAGGAACAGUCUUCAGAACAAAACAAACGUCACACAUCGACAUCACAUGAAAGACCUACCAAUAAAUUGGAUGCCCUAGGCAAAACUUAUUCAAAGGAAAAAAACUCCUCUGAAACUGGUUUAAAGUCCGAUUCGCGUACUCCGUCAUCCGGUUCUGACACUUCAACCACAUCUGCCUCAACAGCAGGUUCCACGGAGGAAUCUGAAGCAUAUGUGCAAAAUAAAAUGCCAAGGAAAGACCAAAACAGCGGUGCUAAAAUCAGAUUCAAUGGUCCUAAAGCUCCGGAUUCGCCGUUCCAGGAUCCUGCUCGGAGACAUUUCGCAAGAACAAAAUACGUUUCGGGACUACAAGGAAGGCGGUCAUUGUCACCGGUCAAAAACACACCGAAUUCUAGUACAGAAACUCUAAACAACGUUAAGAAUAUCUUCAAUAGUAUGAGCGAUAGACUGAGACAUACUUUAUUUGGAGAAAAUGAUGAAGGAUACGAAGAUUCCAAAGAAAGCAAAUGGAAGAAUAGUAGAAGUGAAAACGACGAGGCGAGUGGUCGCCUGUUUAAAAAAUCAAAGUUGCCCGAACGUAAGAUAUUCACCGAUGAAGAAAUUUAUGAGUAUAUGAAGCAGCAAAACGAGUCUGAUAAUUAUGAUGAUCCCGACAGACAAGACUUUAACAGUAGUAUACAUUUGAAUACAGAACAUUUGGAUGAUAAAAAUGAACUUAACACUCAAGACUUUAGACAAGCAUCUGUUACAGACACUAAGAUUGACCAGGCUCAUACAACAACUGAAAUGAAUACACAAAAACAGAAGGAUGAAGAAGAUGAAGACGAAGACGAUGUGAUCAAACUCAAAGAAUUAGAGCAAACACUCCCGAACAGUAAAGAACCGUUUGAUAUGAGAAACGUGGGAGACACCCUUGAUAACUACAAAGUCAAGCGCAUGAAAGUACCUACGUAUGGUAAAAGGGUUUCCUCAACCACCAGCACAUCUGCUUCCCAUGCAGAAGAGAACUUACAAGAAGCAGUGAAUAUUCCUCUCCCAAGGGUUUAUAAACCAGAAUCUAUACCCCUGGAGAACUAUAAAAUUGACACAUCGAUAGCAAAUAUCGUAUUACCGGAAAUACCAAACUUACUAUGCAAUGUUCUAGAUAGGUCACAGGUUCUGGAAUGUCAACAAAAAACCAUCGAAUUCACACAACAGACUAACGAGACAAAGCACAAACUACUCCAAAUUCUCUCACAACGUUUCACAGCAGAUGAGAUGCUACACGAAAAACUCUAUAGAAUUGAAAACGUCAACAAUUUGGUGGCAGCUAAACGCUAUGACAUGGAGCUUCUCGCUAAAUUAAACGAAUUGCAAAACAGACAAAGAAUCGUCGCCGAAAAUCACGCAAACCUUAUGAACACAGUUUACGCAUCUGGGUUAUUUGAAUCCUCAAAGGGUGUAAAACAAUAA